UAUAGACAUACAGACAUACAGGUAUUGAGCAUCUACUUGUAGUUUAGAGAUAUAUCGAGAUAAGAUAGUCUAGAUGGAUCCAUGGUAUCCGUCCAACAGUGGUUCGCUGGUUCCAUGGUUCAUUGUCAUACAAACAUACACAAUAAAAAAAAUAAAAGAAAUAAAAAGGAGUCGAGGAAUCGCAGACAGGGAAUCAGGCAUCAAUCGGGAAUCACAAAAGAAACAAAAAAAAAAAAAAAAAAAAACAGACUGGUAUACAAACAAUGGUAUAUAAGACAGAAAUGCAGACAUUUGCUCAACAUGCGCCAGAAACCAACAGAACGCUUCAAAAAUCCCAACCAGGUAACGAUAAACGAAAGGAAUGACCACUUUUCACUCAUCCACUUCAUAAUCUCCAUCACUCUUUUGCCGUAACUCAUUCAGUCAAAUGUUUCUCAAUAUGGCGCAUGUCUGACACUCAGAAACUCCCUCCCCUCCGACUGACUUAUCGACCGAUGAUGCUGAUGCUGAUGAUACGCCGCCGGGCUCGUCC